AUGGCGGCUCCAUGUGGCUGCAUGUGUAAGAUAGGACCAUCCAUUCUCAAUGCUGAUUUAUCAUGUUUAGCUACUGAGUGUCUCAAAAUGUUGGACUGUGGUGCUGACUACUUACAUCUUGACGUUAUGGAUGGCCAUUUUGUACCCAAUUUGACAUUUGGUGCUCCUCUGGUAAAGUGUCUGCGAAAAAAGGUGCCAAACGCAUUCUUUGAUAUGCAUAUGAUGGUCGCAAAUCCAGAACAGUGGGUACAAGAUAUGGCAGAUGCUGGAGCAGAUCAAUACACAUUUCAUUUAGAAGCAACAGAAAAACCAUUGGAACUUAUACAACAAAUCAAACAAGCUGGUAUGAAGGUUGGAAUUGGGAUUAAGCCAGGUACGCCAGUAGAGGAUGUUUUACCAUUUGUAGAGCAUGUUGAUAUGGUUUUGGUCAUGACAGUUGAACCAGGAUUUGGUGGUCAGUCAUUCAUGGCAGACAUGAUGACAAAGGUGGAAGUUUUAAGACAUAAACACAGACAGCUGGAUAUUGAAGUUGAUGGUGGCGUGGGACCCUCUACCAUAGAUGCAGCAGCUAGAGCUGGUGCAAACAUGAUAGUUUCAGGAAGUGCUGUGGUUAAAAGUGACAAUCCUAAACAAGUCAUUGCUCUACUCAGAGAACGAACAGAGAAAUGGAUAAAAGAAAACUAUGAAGCAGAAAGAUGACAUUGCACAGUUGCACAUUGUAGAUAUAGAGGACAUUAUAUGGGCUCAGAGAUUCAGGUUUACCUUCAAGGGUUGAGGGGAAGUCCCACACUUGAGUGCAGAAAACUAGAUUGCCAACACAAGAUCUGUAUCUCCAAAUAUUGUUUUGUGUAUAAAUUUUCCAUGAAAUUGAAUCRUCUUUUAAAUAAACUUUAUUGUCUGUCCAAUAAUGUAGUCAUUCCAUGGUAUUGUCCUUUUCACUUGUGAAAUUUUUCAAAAUUAAGAAAUAUACUGGGUACAUGUAUUUCAUGGAUAUCAUACCAAGAUAAAAUACUUGAUUCUGAUUGGCUGAUAAACUGUGAAUCUUUUCUUAAUUUGUGCAAUUAAUACCAUGCAUGCCAGAGUGCUCGCACUAAAUGAGUGAAAUAUAAAUACUACAAAAUAGGUGAUAAAUUAUACAAAUUCCUUUGUUUCCUAUUGUAUAAUCAACACUAUUUAAUAGUAGUAAUUAGAAUUGUACUAUUUGUUUCAGGCUUUAAGUGCAAGCACUCUAUUAUUUAAUUGCAUGAUUCUAUCCCAGAGGUCUUUGCAGCGUAUGUAUUUUAUAUUAAGAUAAUAUUAUGUUUGUAACCAUAAAAGAUUUUUUGAAAGAUAACUUUGCAAAUUUCUGAUUUUUUUUACUAGCCUGAUGUUUAGCUAAUCAUGUACUUCUACAGAAUAAUUUUAAUUGUUAAGAGUUGAAUAUUUUGUGUAGGUAUGAUUAUUAAAAGUAAAUACCACCUAAUUUUUCUCCAAGAAUUAAUCAAAAAUACUGCUUGUAUUUGAUGAAAGUGAGCUAAUACACUGUGCUUUGCACAGGUGGUACAUGUAUUAAUUCCCCCCUUCCCUCCUUUUUUGAAAAUUGCUGGAUUGGGCCCUGGCAAUCAGGAGUAUAUAGGAAACAAUACAAGUUGGUUCUUGUAACAUUUAUUACUUUAUUUAUGGUGCAUGGUGCCACUACAGACAUUUGAAAAAAAUUAUUAAAGCUGUCAUUAUUAUGAUUACAUUGGGUAGAAGAUAUGUGAAUUUUUAUCUUUUCUCAACAAAUAAGAUUGCAGAUCCAUUGACUGGUGUGUUAUUCAAAUAUGUUCUGCAUUUUGGUAACAAAUUAAAGCUAAGUAACAUGUAAUUUGAACAUACCAACUACCCAAUAUAUUSAUUUAUAGCUAUUUCAAAAAAACAUUGUCGGGGAGAACGGCGAUUGUCAAAGAGAGAUUGCAUGGCCGAAAGGGACUAUGGUUACACUGUUUUGAAGAACAAAAUUUCACUUAUUGGAUUCACCUUGCAGAGAAAUGGAGACUAGAUCCAAUGUUUACCACGGACCAUCUUACAGUACAAAUCAGUUACUAUUGCCUUCAACUACCAAAACCCAUGACUACUUUCAGUUGUGCAAUCGCUGUUYGACCACUGACAUUCGCCAUUUUAUCUGACAACCUUUUUUGAAAUAGCUAUAUUAUGUUACUGUUCAGAAUUUCUUCAAAUGACUGUGAUUAAAUCACUUACGAACACGUUAACUUUAAAAAGACAUAAAACUCCAAAAAUGCAUUACUGAGUGCUCUUCAAUUAUAGACAACAAUAGAUUGAGAAUGAAAUAAAUACUGUUGUGAGAUGUU